UGGAGCUGGGUCACUAGUAAAUGUAUGCAGCUUCAAGCAGAGGCGUGCUUCAGAUCAAAGAAAGCAGCUUUCCUUACAUUUUGUGCUAACUGAUGCCAUUGAUCCUAAUCUAAAAGCUGAUCCGUGUGGACGACGAUGCCGACUUUGACUCCGCACAUACCUGUACCGCAGCCCUCGUACUCGCAGGCCAGGGAGAACCUGGUGAAGGCCAUCCCUCCCAAGCUGCUCUGUCUGCUGGCCUGUGGAGGAAUAGAUUGUCGCUAUGAAGGGCCAGAGUGUUGGAAGUUAAGUCAACAGGUGAUUCGCGGACUUUUCUCGUCCUGGGUGACAGAUGACAUAAUUGCCAUGACACGACCAUCUAAUCAUCUAAUUGAGAAGUACAGCAUAAUUAAACAAUUUCACAGGUUGCAGAUCAAAUCGAUCAUCAACAUGCAGCUUCCGGGGGAACACGCUCACUGCGGUCCUCCCAUAGAUCCUGAAAGUGGCUUCACAUACACUCCCCAGAUCUUCAUGGACAAUGACAUUUACUUUUACAACUUUGGGACCCCAGAUUUUGGCGUGUGCUCUCUUGUUGGGAUAAUUGACAUGGUGAAGGUUCUGGCCUUCGCCGUGAAGCAAGGACGGGUGGCGGUGCACUGCCACGCCGGCCUGGGGAGGACAGGCGUCCUCAUCGCCUGCUACCUGGUCUACGCGCUGCGCGUCAGCCCGAGCGAGGCCAUCCACUACGUGCGCGUCAAGCGGCCUCGCUCCAUCCAGACGCGGACGCAGAUCACGCAGGUGUUCGACUUCGCUCGCCUGCUCGGCGCGCAGCUCGCCCAGUACCCCGACCUCAGCCUGCGGCACGGAGCCCCGUUCACCCUGCAGCACUACCUGAACCGGCAGGCGCUGCUGCUGCACGGCCAGGAGGCCCGCACCCUCAGACAGACACCAAAGGUGCUGUACCUCCUGUGUGUGCGUCUCUCCUGCUUAGCCCUGGGCCUCUCCUCUCCGCCGGAGGUGCACGCUGAGCUGGAGAAGAGGUCAGCGCUGAGGGCCCUGAGCAGGGCUGUGAGAGAGACGCUGGUGUCCAAACAGUACCUGCCCCUGCUGAGGGAGGAUCGGAAGGCUUCAGGGUGGGGCUCAGGGUCCGUGUCGUCCUGGGAUGAACCCCUGGGAUUCCUGGAGCUCAAGAGAGACGCGUCUCUGGACAAACGCAGCUACAGCGACUCUGACCUCAGCAAGAUCACAGCGACUGAGGACGUGGAGCUGAGCCCCUACUACGUCCCUGAGCGACUCUGGUGUGUGGAGGAUCUAAUACGACCACUUAGCCCAGUGCUACUGAAGCCAGCAGACCAUCAGGGCACCAAAAACGAACCCCAGGCAUCCAAUAGGCCGACAUCUGGCGUGAGAGCGAGCAACAGCUCUACUCAGAGGCCAAAGUGCCCAGCUAAACAGGCCUCUGUCAAACACGGCUCCAUCAUGGAGUUGUACAGAAAACCACAGAAUCCAGGCCCAACGUCAGUGGCUCGUGCCGUUGCUAAGGCGAUGGCGGAACCAGGUCCCGCAGGAGAGACCACACUGCAAAGGUCGGCUCUGCUGCAGGAGGAGCUGAACAGUAACGACUGUGGCUGGGCUCUGCUGGUCACUGAGUCGGAUCCUAAUGUCCUCAGUUGCCUGCUGUGGACAUGGCUGGAGAGGUUAAAGGAACCUGUUCUGAGUGCAGAGGAUGUGAACAGACUGAGUCAUGGAGCAAACAAUAGAAAACCUCUCAAUGUGCUCAAGAAGCCACAGAGACACACCAUCUAUUGUCUGCUGAGCUGUGUGAGCACAGUGACCAGCCUGUGUCCACACAGAGAGGACGCAGUGCUGCAGCGGCUCGUGCUGGCCCUCACAAAGCGCCCCCAAGAGGAGAUGGGACGACUUACAGGUCUGAUGAAGACGCUCAGGACCAGUUUGAGAGAAACGUUCCACAACAGAAUCUUCACCAGAGCCCAGAGCACCAACGCUACACUUUAAGGAGCAAAGUCCAUAUCACAAUGAAAACUAACACAACAGGUGGUAUUAAGGAAACACUGACUUCAGCCUGGGCUUUGAAAAAAAGCUGUAGCCUCGUGUGUAUGAUAAAUAUAAAGCUGGCUAACGCAACUGCUGUUGUGCAUUU